AUGCCAUUUUGGGACGAAACCUAUUGGUUGCCGCGAAAUGUCACCUGGCAGCAAUUGCCACCCAAAUUCAGCGAUUUGCUCGUGCCCAUUUAUCUCGCUGUCCCACUUGUUUUAUUCAGAAUAAUAUGGGAAUCGACAAUAGGUGUUGCGUAUUUAUACUAUCGAACAAAUGCCUACGCACUGCGAAGAGAAGCAACAUUAUUUGAAAAUAUGUGGGAUCAUUUGUCGGGUGGAUUCGCACGGGUGACGCGACCAAAAAAGAUUCUCGAAUGUUUUUGGAGAUUCAGUUAUUAUACAUUCGCAUUUUUAUACGGGAUCUAUGUGAUGAAGGAUCAAUCAUGGUUAUAUGAUGUGAAACAAUGCUGGAUUGGUUAUCCAUUCCAUCCUGUUCCUGACCUAAUUUGGUGGUACUACAUGAUCGAGACAGGAUUCUACUACUCACUUCUCAUCGCGUCGGUGUUCGAUGAGCGAAGAUCCGACUUUUAUCAACUUAUGAUACAUCACAUAAUCACAGUCUUUUUGCUCUCAUCGAGUUGGACCAUCAAUUUUGUUAGAGUUGGUACUCUUAUUUUAAUAUCCCAUGAUGUUGCUGAUGUCUUUUUGGAAGGAGGAAAGCUUGUUCGUUAUGAUGCCCAUAAUAAGAAAUUAACGAAUUUCAUGUUUGUUUUGUUUUUCGGAAGUUGGAUCCUCACCAGGUUGGGAUAUUAUCCAUUUGUUGUUAUCAGAUCGGCUAUCACUGAAGCGGCAGACCUCAUUCAGCCAGAUUAUUCUCUUUGGGAUUUGAAAAUGGUCAUUCUGCAGGUACCGUAUGCCCCACGACUCAUUGUUUUCGCUCUUAUUUGUCUUUUGUUUUUGCAUAUUUUCUGGACAUUUAUCAUCUUGCGCAUUUUGAUUCGAACCACAAGCGGUGGACAAGCUAAAGAUGUGCGUUCGGAUUCUGAUUCGGAUUACGACGAAGAAGAAAUUCGCAGAAGAGAAGAAAGAAGAUUACUCACUAAAAGGAGUAGCAAGGUGACGCCAGCUUCUGAAUUACAGUCGGACGACGAAGAAGACAAGAAAGAAGACGGUAAGACGAGACAUCGUCGCGCGCCGCGAAAAGAAUAA